GCAGACCAGAGAAGGCAAGUCCGCGAGUGUUCUCGCUAGGCGGCGAAUUGUGUUUCCGGGUAAAUCACAACGAAGCACCGUCCAGUUUGCGCUCACUCGUGCUUCUGCGGGUCUGCCCUGCUGCAGCCUGCGAGGGAGCCUUGCGCCAGGGGAGGGCGUGCGGAGGAGAUUCGCUUGAAGCGGACCAGAGCCGUCCACCUGCUGCCCCCCUCUUCUGCAGAGAGAUAAAGAGAAAAGACGGAUUUCAUGCUUGAGCUCUAGCCUCUUGCUUCCAUUCCGCUUCGAUGUAUUUCCUGAUUUCGCGAGAACCCGAAGCGUACCGAGAUGCUACAUGGAUGCUAUGCACUUAACACAAUGACCAUGAGAGAAACUUGCAGAAGAUAAAAAGGUCUUCUGGGUGCCAGCAGGUCCAUAUGAUUGUCCAGAAGGCAUCCAUUUCUCACAAUGCCCCCUGCCAUGACGGAUAUUCUAGACAGCUGGGGUGUGGAUUCCAAUCUUGCUAAUGAUGUUACCCUCAAAGCAGACUUCCUCUUGCCCAAUGGCAUUUUCAUCCAAAUGGAAGUUCCCAGAGAAUCGACCAUCCUCAACAUCAAAUCGAUUCUCUGGAAGCAGGUACAAGGUUACCCUAUGUUUAGCGUCCUGGAGCCCAUGGAGGAGUACAUGUUUGAGUGUGUGAACCAGACUUCUGUUCAUGAGGAGCUUGAAGAUGAAUCCAGACGACUUUGUGAUAUUCGCCUUUUUCUCCCAGUUUUUAGACUUGUCACUAGAAACUGUGGUCGAACAGAAAGGUUGCUUGAGUCUAAAAUAGGUGUUCUUAUAGGCAAAGGUUUGCAAGAACUCGAUGCUCUAGAGAAUCCUGAAGUAAAAGAGUUCAGGGCAAAGAUGAAACGGAUAAGUGAGGAGAAGAUGCAAAAAGUUCAACAAUUUACUUGUCUAGAAUGGGCACAGAAAAACUUCUCAGCUCCACAUGAACCUCAUAAACCUGAAGUCCUCAAUGAAAGACUUGUGGGCAAUGAGAUGGUGGUUAACAUCUACUCUGAACAGCAUCAGGGUAUGAUUAGUCUUGACACAAGUCCAGAAAUUUUACCCAGUAACUUGGCAGAAGAAGUUCUUGGAAGGUUGCUCCACCACUGUAAAGAAGAGGAGCUACCAGAUGCCAGCAAAUAUAUACUUCAGAUUGCAGGAAGGCUCGAGUUUCUGUUUGAUGAUCAGCCUCUCAUUAAUUUUAAGUAUAUUCAGAAUUGCAUAUUGAAUCAAGAAAUCCCUCGUUUUACCCUGACCUCUGGCAGCAUUGUGCAAGAAAUCUAUGACAAGGAGGUGUCCUACAUCCCAAAUAUAAUCAACAGAAAGUCCUCAAUUGCUCCAGUUCCACUGCCACCAAAAAAGAGAGGUGUUUCACAUAUAUCACCAACUACCUGUGUUUGGAAAGUAACAGAGACUUUUAAAAUUAUUCUGCUGAAAGGGAGCAAAGUCAAUGCUGAAGAAUCAGUCAAAGUUCAAGUCAGAGCUGGCCUUUUCCACGGUACUGAGCUCCUUUGCAAGCCUCUAGUCAGUAAUGAGACAUCUGGAAAAAGUGACCACAUCUGGGACAAAACUCUGGAAUUUGACAUCAAUGUCUGCGACCUGCCAAGAAUGACUCGGUUAUGCUUUGCAGUGUAUGCAGUAAUGGAUAAGGUGAAAAAGCAGAGACCAACCAAGACGACUCAUGUUCAAAAGUAUCAGACAAUUAGAAAAGCAGGAAAAGUGCAUUACCCCAUAGCUUGGGUGAAUACCAUGGUGUUUGACUUUAGAGGACAUUUGAAGACUGGAGAUAUUAUUCUGCGCACCUGGUCCUCAUUUCCUGAUGAACUUGAAGAAAUGCUAAAUCCCAUAGGGACAGUCCAGACGAACCCUUACAAUGAGAAUCCUACUGCCCUGCACAUACGAUUUGUGGAGUACUCAAACUGUCCAGUUGUAUAUCCUCCCUUUGAUAAGAUUUUAGAAAAAGCAGCUGUGAUUGCCAGAAGCAGUGACUCAAUGACAAUGUCUAGUCGUGGAGGAAAAAAGUUUUACAUUGAGCUAAAAGAAAUAAUGGAGCGGGAUCCUUUGUCUCAGCUCUGUGAAAAUGAGAAAGACUUAAUAUGGAAGCUGCGGCAUGACUGUCGAGAGAACUUUCCUCAAUCACUACCCAAGCUACUACUGUCUGUCAAGUGGAAUAAGCAUGAGGAUGUAUCUCAGCUUCAGUCAAUACUCCAAAUUUGGCCAAAACUGAGUCCCAGAGAUGCACUGGAAUUACUUGAUUUCAACUAUCCUGACCAGUAUGUACGAGAGUUUGCAAUUAACUGUCUUAAUGUUAUGAGUGAUGAAGAAUUGUCUCAGUAUCUGCUACAACUUGUUCAGGUCCUGCGCUAUGAACCUUACUAUGACUGCGCCUUAACCAAGUUCCUGCUGGAGAGAGCACAGGCCAAUAGACGGAUUGGCCACUUCCUGUUUUGGCAUUUAAGGUCUGAAAUUCAUAUGCCAACAGUCUGUAUUCAGUUUGCGUUGAUACUGGAAGCAUACUGCCGCUGCAAUAUUCCUCAUAUUGAGGUUUUAAGACGACAGGUGGAGGCAUUGAACAAGCUGAAAGUUGUAAAUGAACUCAUCAAGUUUGGCACCAUUAAAAAUGCAAAGAGCAAAGCAAAGGAGGCAAUGCUAUCUUGCUUGAAGCAAACUGGCUACACAGAGUCUCUCUCUAGCCUUCCCUCUCCUCUCAAUCCCAAUAUCAUACUCUCAGGUUUCAAUGUGGACAAGUGCAGGUUCAUGGAUUCCAAAAUGAAGCCACUAUGGAUUGUAUAUGAGGACAAACACUUUGGCAAUGACUGCCUUGGAAUCAUUUUCAAAAACGGUGAUGAUCUACGGCAAGAUAUGCUUACCCUUCAGAUCCUACGUCUGAUGGACAUGCUCUGGAAAGAGGCUGAUCUUGACCUCCGAGUUGUGCCUUAUGGAUGUCUUGCUACUGGAGACAAAUCUGGUCUGAUUGAAGUUGUUCCAGCAUCAGAGACCAUUGCCAAUAUUCAGUUGACAAACAGUAAUGUCGCUGCAACUGCUGCUUUUAACAAAGAUGCUUUGCUUAAUUGGCUCAAGGAGAAGAAUUCUGGAGAUGCUUUAGAUCGAGCUAUUGAGGAGUUUACUUUAUCUUGUGCUGGCUACUGUGUGGCAACUUAUGUUCUUGGCAUUGGCGACCGCCAUAAUGACAAUAUUAUGGUCAGAAGCACAGGACAGCUUUUUCACAUCGACUUUGGCCAUAUCCUUGGGAAUUUCAAGUCCAAGUUUGGAAUUAAAAGGGAGCGGGUGCCUUUUAUUCUCACCUAUGACUUCAUCCAUGUUAUUCAGCAAGGAAAAACUGGCAACACUGAGAAGUUUGGCAGGUUUCGUCAGUACUGUGAAGAUGCCUAUUUAAUUCUCAGGAAGAAUGGAAACCUGAUUAUUACACUGUUUGCUCUGAUGCUAACAGCUGGCUUACCUGAGUUAACAUCUGUCAAAGAUAUUCAGUACCUAAAGGAUACACUGGCUUUGGGGAAAACUGAUGAUGAGGCACUGAAGCAAUUUCGGCAGAAGUUUGAUGAAGCCCUUCGAGAGAGUUGGACUACAAAAGUGAACUGGAUGGCCCAUAAUGUGGCCAAAGACAAGCGAUCCUAAUGGUUACUGCCAUAUGUUCACACCACUUGGGAAGACAAUGUAGAGAAAUAGGGACAGUUGAAGGAGUGGACCAAAAAAGCCGCCGAGAAAAUGGACUGCAAGUGUGUCGGUUGUUGUGCUCUGAGAGUGGCUCUUUUGUUAAACGUUUGACUGAUAUUCUCUUGACAUCAUUUAGGACGCUGUAUAUAGUGGGGUAUUUGCUAUUGUUGCACUCAGAGGACUUUAUCAUGCCCUUUAUGGAGAAAAUAAUAUAAAUUGUGAGGAACAUGUGCAAUUAUGCAUUUCUAAAGGGGUGCAAUUCUACUUCUAACACUGUAUUGCAAAGGAGGCUUUAUUAUGUUUGAAAAAUUGCACAGUUAUUCCAGCUUAUAUCAAAGUAUUUAAAUCGCUGGAUGAAAGGGUUUUUAACUUAAUUUUUUUUCCAAUUGAGGCAGUUUGCUGUAUGUGAUUUCUGUGUGUGUGUGUAUGCGAGUGAGAGUGUGUGAGUGUGUGCGCAUGUGUGUAAAAUAUUCAUAAAAGUAGUAGACUAUUUUAUAAGAGUGAUCAGAGCCGUUAUGUGCUUUGGCCUUUCUUUGCAGGAAAGCUUCAGCAAUGGAUCUGUGAAAAAUCUUAUUUCUAAAGCUACUGGCUUAUCAUGGAAAGUUGUCUUUAAGAUGGUUUUUUUCUGUAUAUUGACCUUUUUUUAUUUUUAAAAGAGUGUCAUACAAGAUUAUCCAGAUUUUUUUUACAGUGCUAAUGAAAUGUGCCUUUUUAUUGUUUUGCUGCUAAAAAAAAGAAAAAAGCAGUUGCAUAAUCUGAGAGUUGAUGCUGCCAUGCAUGGUCUCUGCCUCAAAAUCCUGGCCACUCCAAAACUGCAUUUCAUUCACUCUCCAUAUAUGAAACAUAACAUUCAGUAAGUAAAGUCUGACAGCUGGUCUUCUCUUCAGAUAGAUGAUACUUAUUUGUUUAUUACUGUAAAUGUGUAUUUAAUUUGUAUGCAGUAUGCUACAUUAAGGAGCUUUGUGAACAGUUUAAGGUGUUUGAAAAUCUUAACUGAUUUGCUUGUGUACUUACAUCUUUACUGCCACCUGUUGUUCAUGUGCUGAAUCUCCCUCAUUUUUCUACAGCAGGUCUUGUGUUCUUUUAACAGUUUUAAGCCCAAUGUUUUUUGUUUGUCACACUUACAAUAAUUUAAUACUCAUUUAAAGACUCGCUGCAUUUUUCUUUUCUGACUGCUCAAGUUAUAGUGUUUAGUAGAUGUAUUAAGAAUGAUUAGUUUAUGAAUUUAUGAAAUAUUUUUAUAUCUGCUGUAAAAAAAACAAAUCAAUGCCAAAAAGCAGUAAAGAAAUCAGAUAAAUUUUCUUCCAGGUGAAGCCACUUAAAUGAAAAUUGUUGAUGUGCUUUUUUUUAAAUUUAAUUGAUUGAAAUAAAUGUGAGGCAGAGAUCAAUACAUUGAAACAUAUCUUUGAAUUAGAAGUUUGUAUUUCUUUUUACUAAUUUAUUUCUAAAGGUACUCGUUUGGAGGAGUUCUUCCAAUUUCGGCUGUUUUGUGCCAUGUAGUUUCUAAGAAACUUCAUGUUUCAUUUUAUUGCUGAUUUUUUUGUUUUUUUUUCCUAUUAAUUGCAUUUUUUUUUGUAAUGCAACCCCACUUGCUCCCAGCUGCCAAUAUUCAUUUCUGUUGGCAAGUGUAAACACUGAACAUAUUCUAAUUUGUAUAUUUUGUGUGUGCAAAUUUUAUUAAAGCCCUUUUUUAAAAUCUG